UGUGCGAGCAGCACACUGGGCUGACGUCACGCCUCCCCCGCGAGCGCCGCGCGAGAGCUAUGUGUUGGAAUGCGUGAGUCUCGCGCACUUCCUCGAUCGACUUAAAAGAGUUUGGAAAUAACUUUGCGCGAAUCCUCUUUUUACAACAUUAUCGUCGAACAGCGGUUGAACCCAGUUGCUGGUUGAGCAUGUCUGCUCAAACAAUCUAUUCAUCUACAGCUGGCAUCUUCAUGCCUACUGUUGGCAUUCCCCUGCCAGAGGUGGGUCAUGAUCUUCCCGAGCUGCCCCGAAACGAUGUGGUCGCCCCUCAGCUAGUCAUGCUGGCUAAUGUGGUGUUAUCAUCGGAAACAUCUGCCUCGGACUGCAAUGCCGAAGAGAAGCAAAUGUUUGAACUCAUAACUGUCGGAAGCAACUACUCUGAUAGCGACGAAGAGGGCGUCGUCAGAUACAGCCUUGACAACUUGCAGACGUCCGAGGGCAAUUACGCUGAUCAGGCCACUGCGGUCGAACCAGAGGUGAUAGAAAUAGUGCUUGAUCAUGGUGAGAUUGAGCGGGCGAAGGACCCCUCUGAAAAAAACUUGACGGAACCCCCACCUGUGGAAAAGCGUAAGCGCAGUCCGGUUGCCGUCUAUGAGUCUGGCAAAAAGAAAAAGCCCUUCUUUUGUAAACCCUGUCAGUUCCAAGCUGAGAACGAGAAGGACUUCAUUCUUCAUAUUGGGGCUCACAACGCUAAUAAAAUGAUUGCGGAAAACAGGGUGGGUGAUUCAGAUGACAACCUGGCCAAUGAAUCGGGACAACCUCACACCCAGAGCCCAGAGAACAGCGAAAGUCAGGCUAACUUCAAAGGCGUGAUACGCUGCGAGCGCUGCGGGUACAACACCAAUCGCUACGACCAUUAUGUGGCUCAUCUUAAGCAUCAUACCAAAGAGGGAGAAGGUCAGAGAGUGUUUAAGUGCACUAUUUGCACCUACAGCACCAUCAGUCAAUACCACUGGAAAAAACAUCUGAGGAAUCACUUUCCCAGCAAGCUUUUCACUUGCAACCAGUGCUCUUAUUUUUCUGAUCGCAAAAAUAACUACAUACAGCACAUCAGGACCCACACUGGUGAACGUCCUUUCCAGUGCAUAUACUGUGAUUACUCCAGUUCACAAAAAACUCACCUUACUAGACACAUGAGAACCCAUUCAGGUGAGAGGCCUUUCAAAUGUGACAGCUGCAGUUACCUGGCAGCCAACCAGCACGAAGUGACCCGCCAUGCCAGACAGGUCCACAAUGGACCCAAGCCCUUAAGCUGCCCUUACUGCCAGUACAAGACGGCAGACCGCAGCAACUUUAAAAAACAUGUUGAGCUUCACGUCAACCCUCGCCAGUUUCUUUGCCCGGUGUGCAAGUAUGCCGCAUCCAAGAAGUGCAACCUGCAGUACCACAUCAAGUCCAGACACCCGGGAUGCUCUGAAAUUUCUAUGGACGUGUCAAAGGUGAGGCUGCGUGCCAAAAGGGCCGACGGUGAAGACCCACCCGAGAAUGAUGACGAUAAUCUUGAGACGAAUCAGGUCGAAGAAAGGGAAAACGGGGAAAAGCAAGCAGGAGAAUUGGAUGACAUUGAAUCAGGCCCCAUCAACCUCUCCAUUAAGAAACACAGUAAACCCACCUCUGCUCCAGAACCUGAACUGACAGACCAGACUUCGAAGAAAAACCUUGAUGUCAUCGGUAAAGAAAAAUCUGGAAAACCAAUCCAGCAACCUACUGAGAAAAAGUCAGUGCCGAAAACUGACGGGAAAGAGAAAAAAGUUAAAAAGGUUAAAGGUAAGACUUCUGGAAAAGUUAUGGACAUUGUGACCACACAACCAGAGGAAUGCACAGACAAACAAGACAGUAAAAAGGAGAAAGCGAUAAAAAAGAUUGAGAAGUCCUCUAAAUCUUUGGGGAAGGUUACAAAGGGUCAUCCCAAGAAAGACAAGUCAUUGAAGGAGGCUGCAAAUGAAGCAACUGCAAAACAUCAAACUGUUGUGGCAGAGGGCCAAAGGUUAGAUUUGGACAAAGAAAGAGUGGAGAAAGACCUUCUAGAUAAGCAAAAAGAAAAAGAGGAAAGAAAGAAGCUGGAGAAAGAAAACAGAUCAUUUAACGAGACAGUGAAAAACACUGAAGAUACUGCAAAGGAUUGCAGAAAACCUCAAACGAAGAAACCAUGUAAGAAGCAGACAAAAUCAGCAAAGGUCAGCAGUGAAAAAGAGGCAAACCAAGAAGUCAGGACUAAACCAUCAAAAAGAAAAGCAGAUGCCAUGAAUCUACCAGAGAUGGAGACUUCAGAACCAAACAAUCCGUCCAAGCGGGUCAAGCGCAAGAAGAAAGAUUCGACCAAGUCAUCAUCUGCAACUUCAUGUGCUUCGGUGACCAAUCGCACCAUACCUGAGGUUCUCAAGGCCAUGAAGAGCAAAAGCAAAAAUGAGACAACAAGUGCAGACAAACCCAAUGUAUCUGUUGUGGAACCCAAGAACACUUGUGACAAUGUCCUUGAGUACCCAGAGAAGUCAAGCACCCCACAAACUGAAAAAGCGCCCAUUACAGAACCGCCCAAGGUGCUUGAUGGACCACACCAGCAGAUACCUACAGCAGUGACCUGCCAAGAAGAGAAAAUCUGCACGACCAGUUCUGUUGAGCAAGAACCUACACACCAAACCCCAGAGCCAGAAUUGCCUAAAGGAAUGGAGGACAAGACCUCAUCAGGACCUCCAAAUGAAAUUUCAGAGGUUGACAGUGGAAGUGAGAUGCCUUCGCCUACUGACAGCGAGACUUCCCCAGGCUUCAGCCAACAGCAGCCCGGGUUUAGCCCAACUCUUGAACUUCCUGGUCCACCUGGUCACAAAUCCACCGAUGCGGAAGAUGAUGAGGGUAUCCAUAGUAACGAUGGGGGAAGUGACAUCAGCGACUGUGCCUCUGAAGGAAGCUAUGACUCUGGCCUUAACGGAUUAGCUGCCGCAACAGAAGGUGGAGAAAAACUUCCAGAGACUCCUACGGAGGAGCUUCCAUCUUCCAGCAAACUUCCCAGUCACACGUGUAUCUUCUGUGACCGUACGUUCUCUAUGGAGAUGGACUACCGGCGCCAUCUGAACCGCCAUCUAGUAAAUGUGUAUUACUUGGAGGGGCCGGCUCAGGGUGACAAGUAAGAGCUGAUCUUUUUUGGACAAUUGCAAUUAGCUAUUUUGUGUCUGUGGCUAGUUUUGAGGAUGUUUCUUUAAGCCUUUUCAAGAUUUUCAGUAUUUAGCUUGACACGACAUUAAUUCAACUUGAUUGAUUUCAUAUCACAGUAUUCCUUUAUUUACCGUUUCAAGUCCACAAAAGAAACUUUACGUAGUGACAAAUACUCGGUCAAAAUGAACAUCAACGUUUAUUGUCACACUACUUGGAAGCAACAAAACAGAGGGCUAUUCAGCAAGGAAGCAUCCAUCUCAGCAAAGAUCUGAUCUUAGACAGAUCCAGGUGGUCCAUUGCUGAAUAAGGCCUGAUGAUAAAAGGCCUUUCACGGUCUUUGUGCUCUUCCACUUGAGUGAAGCAGCUCCAUCACUGGUCAGCGAGAAACAAAAUGUUCGUUUAAAGCUGGCUUGUGUCAUUGUUUCCUUUUUUUGAGAGCACUUGACAACUAGAACUGAGAAGAAAUUUAUUGUCAUUGUGCAAGCACAACAAAACUAACCAUUUCACUUGCAGGCCUUUUCUCUUAUUGUAAAGUUUUUCAUUUGCAAUUUGUCUAUAAGACAGAAUUUCCUCAGUUUGUAGAUUUAUUUCUCUCGUAGGUUUCGGAUACAAUUUAAAAUUUGAUGCUAAAUCCAAAGAUGGUUGCUUUUGUUAAUAAACUGUACAUAUUUGUAUUUCCUCUUUUGCUCUUCAAAGCCUCAGACAAUCAAAUUGAGCUUUUUUGUUAUUUUUUGUUUUCUUGCAUAUUUAGAUCUCUUUUAUCUAACCUCAGAUGGAAGAGGCUUGUCUUUUCCCUCCUUUCUCGACCAUGCAACAUUCCCUUUCACAGAAUAAACAUCCCAUUCUCACGAAGUGCGUAUAAAUUGCACGCAGUGUGAAAAGUCAUGCAAUACAUAAACCAAAUUCAAAUUUUGCGUGCAUAUGAUACGCCAGCCCCUACCGUUAACUUUAUACGGUGCAUCUUUUCGUGACAUCUUAUGUAAUGUUUUUUUCUUCUUCUGUUUUAAUAAACCAUUGUCGCUUGGGUUUGGGGUUAGAAUUGGGAUUUGCUUUAGGAUGUCAUUUAAUAUAUAGGUUUCUCCAUUUUUUUUGGUCUAUUUUUAAACCGUGGUCGCUUGGAAUUGGGGUUAGAAUCAGGGUUUUGAUUCUAACCAAAGUUGUUCUAACCCCAAACUCAACCGACAAUGGUAAAAAACUAAAAAUUGAUAAAAAAAACACCA